AUACUCCCAAUGCCCCCUUGAUUAUCCUCCUUCCAGCUUAACGCGGUGGAUAUUCGGGCAUCUGAGACUUCCCAGCUGUAGCGGGCGAAUGUGAAGGCCUGUAAGAUCAGUUGCAUAUAUAAAGCGUCCAGCGACGCGUCCAUUCCGAGCAGGAACGUCUUCUCGACCUGACAAUAACACACAUAAUAAGGGCGACAUGGCUCUGUGGACAGGCUUUCCUGCCAGCAUUGGACUGCCACAGAGAUCAGAUUCUUGUCCUGUGGUUCGCAAGCCGCUGAAAUGCCGUGCUAUGAGCGAAGACUUUGAGAGGAAACUAUCCUGUCGGUUUAUCAUCCCGGAUGAAAUCCUGUCCAAAGAGGCUGAUCAGCCUUAUGACGAUUCAGUCUUAAUGAAGAUGCCGCACGAAAUCCUCCUUACCAUAUACGACAGCUUGGCCCACGCCCCUUCUCAGGUUGCUCUGGCGUUGACCUGCAAACGAAUGGGUACGGUUGCCAGAGACGUCCAUCUACAUCUGUCAGCCACCUCGCCGAAGUACGCUGGGUUCCUUCCGAAAAGCGUUUUCGACGUUCCUGACCUGAUGGCACAACUGAAACCCUGGAUGCCUGUCGAUCUGCGUCUGUGCAAUCACUGCUUGACAAAUCGACCGUGCCAUGAGGAGUACUGGAAUGGAAUUGUUGGUUGUGAGAUUAGCAACUUUUGGAUCCAGAAGACAGGGUGGAAUUUCCAUGAUGCCAGCUGGCAUAAGCAAGUCCACGAUAUCUGCCCUGCUUGCCAUGUCAACUGUACCUUGAGCGACUACGUUGAUUGCGACGGCUGCCGAGCCCUGGGUAGACUGGGCGACAUCGAUUGGACCAGAGUGUCCGACUCUUGGCGAAGGAGGACUGAGGCGGAGCUCAGGGCGGGUCAUUUUGCGACGGGUCAGGCAUGAAAGAGAAGCUGCCCUCAUCCUCCGAGAUCGAGCUUCCGUAUGAGGUUGGCCGCGAGUGCGGUCGAUGAGCUUCCAUCGAUAUGCUGUACGUGGAUCGUUGUGGCGGACUGGUUGACUUUUCACGUUGUCCUGGAGCAUGCAUGCUCGCGCAGCUAGAGUCGGCCGCUGCCCCAAGAUGAGAAGUCGGCCCAGGUUGCGACCGGCACUACGCAACGACCAAGAAUGAAGCGAGAAAGAGCCAAUGAUUCAGCAUAUUUUCCGACCUGGGGUCUAUCACAUCAUCGUCAACCAAUAUAACUCAUCAGACAAGUCUGAGUACUUGGAUUGCUCGGCCAUCAAAGUGGGCGUCCAAGUAACUCAGGGGUUGAUGUUGUUGCCCACCCGCCAACGGCAUAUUCUCCGUUCAUUCAUAAUAAUGCGCAAAUUUCGGCACAAAAUACCGGCUUGGUGGUGUAGGAAAGUGAAGCCUUUUCCCUCAACACAUGGCUCCUACUAACAGCAUUACAGUUGGUUAUCACAUCUCCUUAACAUUUCACAUACGGAGAAGGUCUUGAGUUCGAGCCUCAACCGAGUCAACUUUCUUUUUUGCCCCCUCUCCAAAGGGAGUAUACAACUGAGGUGGACUCGGAUGAUUUUUCUUUUUUUCAUGUUGGUGAGAAUGAGGAUGUGGUGCAGCUCUUGGCGAGGUGGAGCGUUGUGUUGAUAUCAGAUGGAUCUCUUCCGAGCCGACAGUGAAAUUCUUUUGUACUCUACAACACGGCUAUAAUGGGACCAAACGUCGUUCAGAUAUCGACCAUGAGGCGGCAGCCGAAUGACCGUGGUGCAAUCCUCUAGGCCGUGAGUUAGCUAUAGGGCUGCAAUAGAACACCAAAAGAGCGUUGUCCAUUUGACAUCCGAGUGAGUUAGAGUCGUCGUUGUGAUUCCAGUCUACUUUUUAGUCACGUGAAGCGUGUUGCACCUCAUC